CAGACCUCUAGCCAAUGAGCUGUGCGUCCUGGCGCGGGGGGCGGGCGCUGGGGCCGAGGGUAGCUUGAGCGCGGCGGCGGCGUUGUUCAGUCAGAGAGAGAACAUUCCAGAGGUCGCCAGGCCCCGGGCGCUGAAGGGUGUGGACCCCGGACGUCGCUGGGACAGCCCCUCCCCGCUGCUCGGCGGCGCCUGGCCCGGCCGCUGCUCGCUGCGCUGCCUCCGCCGCCUCCGCGCCCCUCCUCGGACUCGGGUUCACACGCGCCUCACUUCAUCCCAGUCCCGGGCGAGCAGCGUUGGGUUUAUGUCUUUAUUUGACGAAAACGAGCUGUUGCGCAGCCAUUGGUACCUGUAUUGGGGAAACAUAGCGUACAAGCAAGAAGCUUACAGCCUCAGUGGCGAAAAUUUUUUCAUGUCAGAGACCGAGAACUCUUGCAGUCGUUUAUGUCAUCCCUUCUUCUCCAGACAGAGGAUACCAAAAAGUUGCAAUCAAAGAUCUCUUCAUCUUAUUGAUAAAGCCACUAAUAAGCCAAAAUGUCUGUCAACGUCAACCGCAGCGUGUCAGACCAGUUCUAUCGCUACAAGAUGCCCCGUCUGAUUGCCAAGGUUGAGGGCAAAGGAAAUGGAAUCAAGACAGUUAUAGUCAACAUGGUUGACGUAGCCAAAGCGCUUAAUCGGCCUCCAACGUAUCCCACCAAAUAUUUUGGUUGUGAGCUGGGAGCACAGACCCAGUUUGAUGUUAAGAAUGACCGUUACAUUGUCAAUGGAUCUCAUGAGGCGAAUAAGCUGCAAGACAUGUUGGAUGGAUUCAUUAAAAAAUUUGUUCUCUGUCCUGAGUGUGAGAAUCCUGAAACAGAUCUGCAUGUCAAUCCAAAGAAGCAAACAAUAGGUAAUUCUUGUAAAGCCUGUGGCUAUCGAGGCAUGCUUGACACACAUCAUAAACUCUGCACAUUCAUUCUCAAAAACCCACCUGAGAAUAGUGACAGUGGUACAGGAAAAAAAGAAAAGGAAAAGAAAAAUAGAAAGGGCAAAGACAAGGAAAAUGGCUCCGUGUCUAGCAGUGAGACACCACCACCACCACCACCACCAAAUGAAAUCAGUCCUCCUCCACAUGCUGUGGAAGAAGAGGAGGAUGAUGAUUGGGGGGAGGAUACAACUGAGGAAGCUCAAAGGCGCAGAAUGGAUGAAAUCAGUGACCAUGCAAAAGUUUUAACCCUUAGUGAUGAUUUGGAAAGGACUGUUGAAGAGCGGGUCAACAUCCUGUUUGAUUUUGUUAAGAAAAAGAAAGAAGAGGGUAUAAUUGACUCAUCUGACAAAGAGAUUGUUGCUGAAGCAGAAAGACUGGAUGUAAAAGCCAUGGGCCCUCUUGUUUUGACUGAAGUUCUUUUUAAUGAGAAGAUUAGAGAACAAAUUAAGAAAUACAGGCGCCAUUUCUUACGAUUUUGUCACAACAACAAAAAAGCUCAGCGGUACCUUCUUCAUGGUUUGGAGUGUGUGGUAGCAAUGCAUCAAGCUCAGCUUAUCUCCAAGAUCCCACACAUCUUGAAGGAGAUGUAUGAUGCAGACCUUCUGGAGGAAGAAGUCAUCAUUAGCUGGUCAGAGAAGACCUCUAAGAAAUAUGUCUCAAAAGAACUUGCCAAAGAGAUUCGUGUCAAAGCGGAACCAUUUAUAAAAUGGUUGAAGGAAGCAGAGGAGGAAUCUUCUGGUGGUGAAGAAGAUGAUGAAGAUGAGAAUAUUGAGGUGGUAUAUUCGAAGACUGCCAGUGUACCGAAAGUUGAAGCUGUGAAGUCUGACAACAAGGACGAUGACAUUGAUAUUGAUGCCAUUUAAAGGGGUGGUUGCAACCCAGCUUAACCGUGUAAUGCUGAGAGUCUUUGCAUCAUCAGCCAGAAGUGCAACAUGUAUGUGCAAAAGCUAAAAUGGCUUAACAUCAUGCUACACUUUCUACUAAAAAUGUAUUGCUGUGAGUGGUCUGUAAUUAAACCCAACAAGACAUCUAGGGAGUCCAUACACAUAGCAGUGAGCAGAUGUAGUUUGCUUAUUUAUAGCAUGUUUCUUUUUGAAAAAUUAGUGGUGGACACAUUUGGAUCACAUUUAUAGUUAUAAAAAUAAAGACUUGAUUUUGGUCAUUCUUCAGAUUUUUGGCUCUGAAUGACUUAAGCUGAGGAAAUAGGCUCCUUUAAAAAACGUUGUACCAUCAUUUAACCUGAUAGCAUAGUUGGAGCCUGUUAGUUAUUAGAUGCUGAGACUAUAGAGAGGCCUUCAGCAGAAUGUAAACAUAAACUUACCUUACUCGGCCAUUAAGAAGUAGAGUAUUUUUAAGUCUUAUCUCUGGUCCCUCAAACUGGCAUCUGGUAACAUACAUUCUUUUCAUGCCAAGGUGGACUGAUAAUCAAAUGACAGUGCAACACCUUUAUCUUACUGAGAAGUUAAAAUGACCUGAGUGUCCUAUAAAUAAUUUUAUGAGCAGGUUUUGAAACUUGAAUUGUGGGGGUUUUUUUGGUUUUGUUUUUUGGUUCUUUUCCAGUUCUAUACUUGCCCCAAAUUAUAGUCUUUGAAGUCAUGUGCAUUGCACGUUGGAUGAGCCAGGGGAAUUAUUACAUUAAACAUAUAAAAGCAUUCUAUGUGUAUGUAGCUGUUGCUUUAUACUGAGAGAAAACAAACUUGGGGAGUGAUUAAAUAGUAAGCUCUAUGAUUUUAUUUGGGGAAAGCAGGAAAAGGUGCACUUAAUCUUUAGGAAAACGGCAUAAUUUUCAGCAUUUACUCUAUGGUUCAAAUUACAAUUUCAAAAUAUUUAGACAUAACUGUCUUUUUGUUCGCUGUGAAUUUUUCCCCUGAUACUAUGGUUCUUUUACAUUUGACAGAUAGCUUAUGCUUUUAAGGUUUUCGUUGCUAUCUUGCCAAAAUAAGUGUUAACUAUGUCUCAGACACCCCCUCCCCCCAAUGUCUUUCUUGAAAGAAAAAAGCUGAAAGCAUACUUCUAAGUCAGAGCCUAUAUUUUGGUGUAAGACUUGGGGUGGUUUUUUAUUUCACAUUGAAUAUAGUGAGAUAACGCAAGAAAUAUGUGAUGAUGGCAACUGAAUGUUGGUAGCUAGGGCCUGACCCAGCCCGUCCUAGGCUUUAAAUUUGGAAAUUCCUUGCUUCUGAAUCCCUUGCCCCAUUUGCUGAUCUAAACUCAAGUGAUAGAAUGGUUUAUGUCUACAUCUGAGAAACCAUCUGAGGUAAAAACCUACACAAAAAGUACACUGGGAAUCAAAUGCAUGGAGUUAAUUUUAUAAUAACAAAGCACGGGCUUUUAUCAUUCACCUCUUCCUUGUGUGAUCCAUCUCACAGAUUAUGAGACCCUAACAAAUGUAACUUCUUUUCACAUUGAAAUUAAUAGAAAUGUUUCAUAUAAUAGAACCUUGUUAGCUUGAUGUUUUAAGAAAUUAAACCUUAAGUAUUACUGGAGAGAUACACGUUGGUCUCCAGCAGCCCUCUGAUAGAUUUUUAUGAGACUAGAGGAGGAGCCAUGUGCCUACCUGGAGGGAAUGUGCUUUGUCACACCAAAGACGAAAAGGUUUUUGCAAAUUAACAUCUCAUCUAGCUAUUAAGUUUUUGCCAUCGUUUGAAAUCCUGUAUGGGAUACUGGUUGACCUAAGCCAAGUUGCAUUCAGUAUACCCUGUGUCAAGCUAAUAAGGUUCUGUUAUAGAGGGGUUUCUCCCCCCACACACCCUUUUUUUCUUAAUCGGAAGGAAAAUGUGCAGGGCUUCUAAACACUAAGGAGAAAAUUUUUGGCUUAGACCAGUGUUUAGUGCCAAACUUCCAAUGGGACUCAAAUCCACAUAGUAAGAAAUAUAUUCAGAGAGGCUAUCCUACAUAGAGUAGUCCUUCACUUUGCUCUGUUCAACUGUCUUAAAAUUUACUGUUUCAAACAGCUAUGUUACUUGAUUAAAACAAUGUUAAAAUUA